GACACAAAUCAAAGGCAUUUACAGCAAGAAAUGUAACAAAUAAAUAAACAACUAAAUAUAAACUCCCAGGAAAGUUUUUUAACGCUUUGCGAGAUGACAUCUUACGUUUCCGACUGAAGAAAUCGAGUCACGAAGAGUCCGCCUUCGCAAAAACCAAAAACAACCGCGCCCACGAAGUCCACGCGAACGCGCGCGCCCUGCCCCCGUUACUGCCACCGCCGCCGUCGCCGCGUGCGGGAGAUGAGCUCCGGUCCACCUGCUGACCAACACCAACACCACCACCACGACUAUGACCGCGCCUCGGAACCGUCUUACGAUGCGCAAAGCGGAGACGCGGACGACGGGAGACACGACGGUACAUUCGAGGUCGAUAAGAAAGCAAAGAGCGGCGCGGAAAAGAAAGUGAAAGCUGCGCAGCUCGCGCACACUCGACCGCAAAUCUACCCGUGGAUGACUAAACUGCACGUGAACCACGAAUCAGCUGGGAAACGACCGAGGACCAGUUACACCCGAUUCCAAACACUGGAGCUGGAGAAAGAGUUUCACUACAACAGAUAUUUAUCCAGACGAAGGAGACUCGAGAUCGCGAACACGCUGUGUCUGAAUGAGAGGCAGAUCAAAAUCUGGUUUCAGAACCGCAGAAUGAAAUGGAAGAAAGACGCAAAGACACAAAACUAAACAAGUCUUAGAUCUAAUCGUGUCUUAUUAUUAAAGUGUUUGUUGCUAUAUUUCAGUUUCUGAUCUCGAUAAUCACCCGGCAUUUAAUGUUAAAAUCAUGAUAGAAUCAUUUCUUGUUGCUGGUCUGCCAGCCUCAAUGGCACAGAUGCUGUAACUUUAUUAGCUUAUAUAUAUUUAAUCUACAUGUGGAUAUAAUGUACACUUUACUCUGAAACCAUAUCACGGCCCAUUUAUGGAUCUUAAACCGUUUGUAAACAAACAAUAUCCACAUUUCCGGGUGAAAAAUACAAACGAUAUGAGACAGAAUUGCAGAGACAAGGUAAGAUACCGUUUAGUGUUCAUCUUCUGAGUGGAUACUGUAGGCUUUUUUUUUUGGUUUGUUUUCUUUUUUUUAAUCCUCUCGACUUUGGAAGAUGCAAAACCGCCAUGUUUUACUUUAAUUGAAAUCCGAUGGUGUACAGUAAGAAGUGCACAUGCACUGCGCCGUCAUGUCAUAACAUGGAGGCUUUAUAUAGCAGGCCUUACAGCAGUGUAGACUACUGUGGUUUUUUGGGACGCUGCACAAAAUGGCCACCUACUGAGGAAGCCCCCUCCAAAAUAAUAAAUAAAGCUCAAGAGGGUCACGAGACCGUGAUGAUGUCCUCAAUAUAUAUCGAAUAACAAAUUAUGAGCACGAGCCUACUACUGAUAUUAAACUAAGAGUGUCAUUUUUUUUACACUGUAACUGGUAUGAAUGCAAGAAUGCAUCGCUGAUGCUUGGAGUUAAAUAUAAAUAUAGGCCUAAUAUUGAGAUAUAAUAAUAUAAAUAAUAAACGCUCAAAGAUGUAUUUUUUGUGUGCAAUUUAUGAGAUCCUAACGCUUCAGAACUACUAUGAGACAUUAUGUCUACCCCGAAUUCACUGCACGUGAGGACUAUUUUAAAGUUUUGCUUAUUACUUAAUAUUUGCUGAUGUUUUAUUCUUUGAUUCACUUUCAACCCUAACCCUACUUGGAUCAGGGACCUUCUUCUUUUUUUUUCUUUACAAACUUCAGUAUUUAUUUUAAGUCAUUAACAAAGCAAAUGCACACAGGCCAGAUAGUUCUUAGCUGUGCAAAUAAUGGAUUCAAUGCAAUAACUGCAAUCCUGUAUUGAAUAAAAGAUCUUAAAGCUGCCA